AAAGAAUAAAAGGAAAUUAAGAUGGCAGCAGUCCCAAAUUUCUUCUUCGCCAUAAUUGUUUCAUUUUUGUGCUUCAGUCCUUCCCAUGCAGCUGAACUAAAAAAUCAUAUUCCCACAGUAAUCCUUGGCUUAAGUCAUGCAAAGGCCAUCCUUCCAACCCCAAAAUCUACUUCUUAUUCAAAGACCAAACCAUCUGAAAUGCAAGACAUGAUGGAACCAUUGAGAGAGAUUAGAGAUGGAUACUUGAUAUCCCUCAAUAUAGGCACACCUACGCAAGUUAUCCAAGUCUAUAUGGAUACUGGCAGUGAUCUUACUUGGGUUCCUUGUGGAAAUCUCUCUUUUACUUGUAUCGAAUGCGACGAUUACAAGAAUAGCAACACCAUGGCUGCUAGUUUCUCUCCUUCUUCUUCUUCUUCUUCCCUCAGAGAUUCCUGUUCGAGUCCCUCUUGUAUAGACAUCCAUAGCUCUGAUAAUUAUUAUGAUCCUUGCAUAAUUGCUGGUUGCUCUUUGAGUACUUUGUUAAAGUCCACAUGCUCAAGACCAUGCCCUUCAUUUGCUUAUACAUAUGGAGAAGGAAUUGUUACAGGAAUCCUGACUCAGGAUACCCUAAGAGUCCAUGGAAGUAGUAGCAAUCCUUCUGGAGGUACUAAUGUUUUUCGCGAAAUUCCUAGGUUUCGAUUUGGUUGUGUUGGAACAACUUAUAGGGAGCCAUUAGGAAUAGCUGGAUUUGGUAAAGGUCAUCUCUCCCUCCCUUCACAAUUAGGUUUUCUUCAAAAGGGCUUCUCCCAUUGUUUCUUGCCAUUCAAGUUUGCUAAUAACCCUAACAUUUCAAGCCCUCUAGUACUAGGUGAUCAAGCCAUUUCCUCAAAAGAUCAAAUGCAAUUUACCCCAAUGUUGAAAUGUCCCAUGUUCCCAAACUUCUAUUACAUUGGCUUAGAGGCAAUAACUCUAACCAACAUCAAUACCUCAUCACCUGAAGUCCCUGUGAGCCUGAGAGAGUUCGAUUCCAAUGGCAAUGGCGGCAUGUUGAUUGACUCAGGAACAACCUAUACUCAUCUCCCUGAGCCACUUUACACAAACCUACUCAAUGCCCUUGAAUCCAUGAUCACUUACCCUAGGGCAAAAGAAGUCGAAACGAGGAGUGGAUUUGACCUUUGCUAUAGGAUCCCAUGCCUGAAUAACAAUGCUCUAGAAGACAAUGAUGGACUUCCCUCCAUAACUUUCCAUUUCUUGAAUAACUUAAGCCUUCCAUUGCCACAAGGAAACAGCUUUUAUCCAAUGAAUGCACCAGCCAAUGCCAGCGUGGUGAAAUGCUUGUUGUUCCAAAGUAUGGAUGACUAUGAAGGUGGACCAGCUGGAGUGUUUGGCAGUUUCCAACAGCAGAAUAUGGAAGUUGUGUAUGAUUUGGAGAAAGAAAGGAUUGGUUUUCAACCAACUGAUUGCACCUUGGCGGCGGCUUCUCAUGGAUUGGCCAAAGUUUAGUACUUUUAUAAUGAAUAACAUAUCUGCCACCUUUGGAGAAAAUUGAAGAAAUUAUGGAGAAAAAAGAAGUGGAAAGUCUGGUGGAAGCAGAUUAAUGUAGACUUCCAGAUUUGGAAGUUAUCAACUGACUUUGGCUGCUUUUGGAUAUUUCUGUUCAGCUCCUUUUGUGUUUAUGUGUUUUCGUGAAUUAAUAUAAGUUGGUUGCAUGUGUGUGAAUAAUUACAUUUUACAUCAGCGCCUGUAUAACAAAUAUAACUUUUAUUUUGAGUCAGUAAAACCUCUAAGGAACUUUGCAUGUAUUAAUAUUAAUGCUUAUAGACCUACAGUACCAUACAUGUUAAACACUCACAAUAAACUAGUCGUGUAGUUCAGUUGCAUAAGGCCAAAAUCUGCUUCGACGAUCAG